GCGCCGGGGGGGCCGGGGGGGUGGGCGAGUGCCAAGGGAGGAGGAGGAGGAGGAGGAGGAGGCAGGACAGGCGGGCACGGGCGGGCACAGCACCCGCCCUGCGCUCCCGCAGCACCCACUGCUCACACCCUGCCGGGGUCUGGGGGGACCCCCCAAGCCCCCCCCGGGGGCCAUGGGCAUCCAGAGCAUGGAGCUGUGCGCCGUGGCCGUGGUCAUCCUCCUCUUCAUCGCCGUCCUCAAGCAGUUCGGCAUCCUGGAGCCCAUCUCCAUGGAAGACAACAGCGAUGCCGACGUGGAGCUCCCGACCAUCCGGCACCAACCCGAGGGGCUGGAGCAGCUCCUGGCCCGGACCAACUUCACCAAGAUGGAGCUUCAGUCCCUCUACCGUGGCUUCAAGAACGAAUGUCCCAGCGGCCUCGUGGACGAGGAAACCUUCACACUCAUCUACUCACGGUUCUUCCCCCAGGGCGACGCCAGUUCCUACGCCCACCUCUUGUUCGACGCCUUCGACGCCGACCACAACGGGGCUCUGUGCUUCCAGGAUUUCGCCGUGGGGCUCUCGGUGCUGCUGCGGGGGACGGAGCAGCAGAAGCUGAAGUGGACGUUUGACCUCUACGAUGUGAAUAAGGACGGCUACGUCACCAAGGAGGACAUGCUGGAGAUCAUGAAGUCCAUCUAUGCCAUGAUGGGGCCCUGCACGGAGCCCACCCUGCGGGCCAGCGCCCCGGCCCAGCACAUGGAGCUGUUCUUCCAGAAGAUGGACAGGAACGGGGACGGUGUGGUGACCUUCGAGGAGUUCCUGGAGACCUGCCAGGAGACCCUGGGCCCCCCCUGGAGACAGGAGGGGACAAGGACAACGCUGCCACCAGAGCCCCCAGCACGGCACUGGCACCUGCAAGAUGGACCCAUUUCGGGGGGCUGAGCCCCCCUCGACAAGGACCCCCUGCCUUGGGUGGCAUAGGGACCUGACAUGGCACAAACAGGACCCCGACACCAGGGCCCCCCGGGGUGGGGACCCCUGGGACACAGGGACCCCCUGAGAGGGGACUCCCUGGGAUGUGGGGACCCCUCAGAGACAGGAUCCCUUGGAGAUGGCACACCCCAGGGAAGGGACCCCCUGGGACGUGGGGAGUUCUUGAGUGGGGGUCUCCAGGCAUGAAAUGGAGCCCCCAAACACCAACCAAAAGCACACAGACCCGCCUCCCCCCUCAUCACUCAGGGGACCCCCACGAGGCCACAGCCCCCCCACCAGCACGU